UGAUAACAGUAUUUUUCCGGAUGAUACCGGUAACGUUUAUUUUCAACUAAUGCUGCUUUACAAGUUACUUAAAUUUUGAUGUCUGGAAUCAGUUCUUAAGUUUUUUAAUUCUAAUAAUUAUUUUAACUGUAAAUUAUUCAUUGUAAUGUAAUAGUACAGUAACAGUAGUUUGGUAGAACUAUUGAUUAUAGAAUUUUAUAACUGAAGUCGUUUUUGUGUCAAAAGAAAAUAUGGACUUGAAAAAACUAACUUGGCAAAAAUUCUAUUACAAGUUGAAUAAACUUAAUGUUAACUACACAGAUGAGUCAAUUGAAUCUAUGUUAAACCAUGCAGCUGAUGAUAUGAAGAAAGGCAUUUUAAAAUUUAAACCACAUGCAUCAACCCGACUUGUAUUUUAUAAAAGUGAUAAACCUGAUACUGAUUAUUUAUAUCCAAUCAUCUCUCAAUUGCUUUUCAUUGAUGAGAAUGAUGCCAAAAGUAUUUAUGAUAAAUACACAGAAAAUGAAGGCGAAGAUGGUACUAAUAAAGGUUUGACUGAAAAUGAUUUACAUAAUGUUUGUAUUAAUGUGUGGAACUUCUACAAUGAGGAACUUCUGUUUUUAUUCCGGUCAUUAAAAUACAUAUUGACUGCAGUUGAAAACCCAAACUAUCAUUAUUCGGCAGUUUGCAAAAAAUUUGCUCGGAAACAAAAUUGGAAAGAAUGGUAUUCUGCUUUACAAGAUCAAUUGUCUUAUGUUCGCUCAAUAACUUUUUUUGAUACUAUUGUGUACAAGCCUCUUCAAAAAAUAGUACAUAAAAAUCUACUAACAUUUAUUUUGAAUCAACAAAUAGAGAUAUUACAAUUAAUGGUACUUACUUCACUUAGAGUGAAUAAACUAACUAAAGAUGAUUUUAAUACUUGGAUUAAUAAUCUAAUAGACAAUAAUUUUGGGAAAAAUCAAACAUUGGAAUAUGAUUAUAAUAACUUGAACACUACAUAUGCUGCGCUUAUGUGUCAAAUAUCUAGUUUAGAAACGUUGCAUUCAUUGCAAAUGAUUUGUUUAUUUUGGGAGUAUGAUAACUAUAUUUGGACUUCAGAUGAAGAAUUUAUUGAAUCUGAUAAAAAAAUUAAAAUGAUACAACAUAGCAGUGAAUAUGGAGCAGUUUUAAUGGCUUGGGCAAUAUUAAAUUUAAAAGGACAAUAUGGAAUAAAAGAUUUACAAAAAUUGGAUGUUUAUACAGAUAUAAUGAGCCCAUUAAAGUUAUGGCCUUCCUUAUUAAAUAUGUGUCAAUCACCAGUAGUAAAAGAUCACACCAUAACAGAUAAAUUAGCAAGAAUUUUAUGUGAAAACUUAAUAAUAGAGAGUAUAGAUUUAGAUAUAUUUGAUUUAAUCGAUUAUGAUCCAUUACUUAUCAAAUUACUUUUAUAUUUACUAAGUAAAAAUUCAGAACUUUCAUCUGAAACAAUAAAUAAUUUGGAAUCUGGCAUUGGUCUCUUUAUUAAAAAAUUCAUGGGAAUGUAUCCUGUUGAUUUAUGUAGUCUUUUUGAUUUAUUUAUUGGAAUAAUUAAAGGAUCACCUCAAAAUUUAAAUAAGGUUUGGCAACUAAUGAAUAAUAUUAAAACUUUUAAUGCAGUUUUUCCACCUGAUGGACGGUAUAUUUAUGAUCAAGAAUCAGAUACAUUUUAUUUGACUGAUAAAUAUUUUGUAACUGAUGUAGUUUGCAAUAUAGAAAUUCCAAGUAACACUACAUUUAUAAGUGAUGGAGAUAUGGUUCAAUUUGAUUAUAAAGUUCCAGUUUUUUACUUCUUAAACUCGGCUAUAAAUAAUUUUAGAAUGUGUCGUGAUGGUGACAAAAAAAAUGCAUCAUACAAUGUAACAAAAGACAUGUUAAUAAGUUCAAUUGAAUUAAUUCAAACUAUUUCAAAAGUUGCAACAUCACUAAAUGAUGAUUUAAUGGGAACAUGUGAAACUUUGUUAACACUUAUACCUAGUGUAUCAUAUAUUGAUUCAAAUUAUAUUGCUGAUUCUAUGAUUGUAUCAAAAGUUUUAAAACUAGCCAGAUGCAUAUUAGUGUAUUUUCCAGAACAAACAAUGUGUUACUUUAAUGCAAAUAAUUUCUUCCCAUCCUUGGUUAGUGGUAUUGAAGACGCAGUAGUAAAUUUACAUCCAUUUGCACAAAAUUCAGUUGGAUUGAUGAUACUUAAAAAUGGUCCUGAUAUUUAUCCAGUAUUAACUCAAUAUAUUAAAUUUGUUGAAGCUGCAUUUAAAAUUAAACAUGUAUUAACGUCUCAAUGUGCAAUAGCUGGUCUUAUGUUUGUGUUCAAAAGUAUUAUGCCAUUGUUGACCAUGUCAGAUUUCUUUAUGGGACCAAAAGAAAAAAUGGAUUUAAGGUGGUCUUGUUUACGUCUUAUUUAUGUUAUUUCUGUACUGGAUUCAGGAAAUAGUACAUUACUUUCACCCGUUAAAAAAGUAUUAGACUUAUGUUUAGUUCAUAGUCCAUCAUCUAUUGCUUCAUUAAUUAUUUUGAAUAUUUCAACUAUAGGUGAAAAAGAUUUUAUAAAAGUUAUGCACAAUUACCAUAGUUGGACAAGUGGCAUUGGUAAAAGAAAUAUCCAAAGUCUCAUAUUUGCGUUAUCUUUGCUAAAUUAUAUAAUAAAUUCUAAACAAAUUACUGAAGUUAAACAAGAAAAAAAUAUAGCAAUGUUUGAUCCAGAAAGAAGAUUGUCUAAUUUGUUGUCUUACCGCUUGACAGUUUUUCAUAAUAAGUUAAAUGUAUUAUCACUUACUAUUCUUGGAACUUUAGCUGAAAAGCGGUUUGUUUCAUUUAGUCUUUCAAUGGGAUUUGAUAAUGACAAGAGAGCAAGGAAAGAAAUGUUGUCAUAUUUGAAGUUACAUCGUUUACAUUCUGUUAAUAUUGUAAAAAUGUUGAGAUUUUUACAUAAUGCCAUUUCAUAUCAAUGCAAAAUGUUUGAAAUAAUUUUAAAUGUUGAACUCCUUGAACAAUGUAUUAAGAAUAAGAAACGUAUUGAAAACAAUGAUGACAGCAUUUUGUGGUUUAUUGAAUUAGAACUUGAAACAGAUGAUUUUAAACAAGAACAGGAAAAUCAUGUGUACCUUGAAACAUUGGGGAUUAUUCAUACAUUGUGGUACAAUAGAUUUAAUCUUGCUAUGAAUUAUUUGGAACAAAACAAUAGUUUUUGGAAAUUAAUUUUUAAACCCUUAUUUCAUAAUAAAAUGAUUCCUGAAAUUAAUUCAGAAAUAAUUUCAAUUUUAUCGCUACAAGCCCACAGUUGCUCAAUUGAAAAUAAAAACGAAUUUUCUGAGCAAUUGGAUAUAUUUUUGAAAACUAGACUUAAUAGUAUGCUUAAAAGUUUUUUACUAUAUUUUGAUGAAAAUAAAACCGAAGAAGCAAAUGAUAUUAAAAGAAAGUUAUUAUAUUCAUGGAAAUUUUUUACACUUCUUGUUUUAAAAAAUAAAAAUAAUGUUGUAAGUGAUAAAUAUCAAGUAGUUGAAAAUGUUUUAAAAAUGUUCAUUAUGGAGUUGAAAAGUGAAGAUUUAAGUUUAAUAACCAGCCUUGGAGAAUGUUUACUUAUUAUGUUGCAGAUGUGGAAAAAAAAUUGUGUUCAAAAAAAUAAGACUAGUUAUAUUAAUAUUAAAACUAUCUUAAGAUUAGUAAACAAAAAUGAAACAUUAAUUAAAAAUCAACCUUCAAAAACAACUGUAUUAAUUGUAGUAAAUGAGAUCACAAGCAUUAUUUUUUCUGAUAUAACACUGAAUAAUGACGAAGAAGAGGAUUUGUUAAAUGAAAUUUAUAGUGAAAUUUGUGAACUUACUGAACAACAUUUAAAUUGUAUUGAAGAAAAUAAUCAUGAUUAUCACUCUUAUCUCAUAAAUUUAAGAUUGGUGAAUGCUCUAUUUUACAAAAGUAUACCAGCUGUAAUAAAAUCUUCAAAUUGGCAUAAAUCAUAUUUAUUAACUAAUGCUAUUGUGCAGAUGUUUUCUCAUACUGAGAAAAAUUACAGAGAUAAUAAUGUCAAUAGUAUAACUGUAGAAGUAACAGACUUCUUGCUAUAUUUGUCAACUUUCAAAGAAUUUCAUUCACAGUUUGGUACUCAACCAGCAAUCAUAAAACAACUAUGUACUCUAUUGUCUGCUAAAUCUAUCACAUCAGAUUUUAAUGGUGUUGAAACAAAAUAUGAUGAUUUUAAAAGAAUGGAAGUUUAUUCAAACUAUUAUAAAAUAUUAACAAAUUUUUUAAUUAAUUGUGAUGAUUGUGUAAAAAAAGAAGCGAUUAAAUACCUGACUACCAUUUACAAUGAUCUGGCUACUAUUUUAAAUUUUCCAAAUAGUAUGAAGUUAUCCACUUUACAUUUAAGUCUAGUACAAUCAGUAAUUAAACUAAUGGAUCUUAUGGUGUCUAAAAGUUAUUAUUUUCAUUGGAAAUCACUUGGUGGCUCUUGUUUUAUUGCCUUAGAAAAAUGUAUUAUAAGUAUUUGGGAAUGUGCCUAUGGAUCUUACACACAAUUAAAUGAUCCUGACAAACUUAUAAUGAGUAUGUUUAAAAAAGAAAAAGUACAAUUAAAUUUAACAGGAUGGAAAACGAGAGGAGAUAUUUUUUCUGGGCAAGAUUUAAAGAUGAUUAAUGAAACAAGAAAAAUAUUAUUUGAAAUGUUAUAUUGUUGUAAUGCAAUUCUUGCUAGAAUCAUGGUUCCGCCAUAUGAAAUUGUAUCAUUACUACAGUUAGGUAAAACUGAUGCUGUACUAUUUAAAAACAUAAUGUGCGAUGAAGUAAUUUUAGACCAAAAAUUUAGUACAUUUUGUACCAUUGAAGAACUUGUAAAUAUAGUAGUAUUUAUUUCUGAUAAAAUUACUCGUCAUGGGACAAUAUCAACAUCUUUAAUAUCGGCUUUAAACGAACGUUAUGUAUUAGAUGUUGAUGUUACAAAUUUAAAUAAUGCCCUAGAAUUAUGCAUUUAUAUUUUUACGAGUCAACUCUUAAUGAAAACAUUACAAAAUAAUGAUAAUCAUAAAUAUUUAAAUGAAAUUUCUGACAUUGCUAAAAAUAUGAGUUUACUUCUAUACAGAACCAUCAGUAAAGACUUAGAGGAAAGAAAAAUUACUUUAGUUGAUAUUAGAUCACAACAGUCAAUUGGAGAUGGAUCAGAUGAUUUGUUAAUUGGUUUUAUGAAACUUCUAGAAUUUAUUAAAGAUAUACAUAGAUCAUCUACAACACUGAAUCAUAAUUUUAGAACUGUUUAUGCAUCAUAUUAUUAAUUUAUGUUAUUUUAAUUUGAAAUCCGAUUUAAACUAGUGAAGACUGAUACAUGUUGUAUUAUGCAUUAAUUAAUUUAUAGAAGUAUCAAAUCUUGAAUACAAUAAAAUAUUUCAACAUAAUUUAUUUUUAAUGAUUGGUAUUUUUGUAAAAAAAUAUAUUUUCAAUUAACUUGUAUUCUAUAACCUAAGUUUUUUCUUUUUUAUAAAGUAUUUUAACAAAAUAAUUAUUAAUAUUCAAUAAAUAAAUAAUAAGUUUUUUGGAUAAA